AGGAGGGCUGGGCAGAGAUGGAUGACCACUCAAAUCCUGCAGCAGAGCCAUCCCUAGCCUUGCCAAUGGCAAUGGGAUUCCAGCCAGCAAGUCCCCAGGUGAAUAACCUCAGGGUUUCUGCUCCUCCACGUCCUGCCCACAUCAUAAAAUUGCAAGUUCUUCCUCUUCAGGGGUGGGAAGGAGAAGUGGGGUGACUUUGGGGCUGAGUCUCAGCAUCCAGGAGGGUUUAUAAGCUGAGGCAUCAGGCCCCUCAGCACCACAGCUUUUCCUUCUCAUCCUUUCUUUGCUCCUGAGGCUCCAGCUCUUCAGCAGCAUGGCCUUCACCGGCAAGUAUGAGAUUGAGAGCGAGAAGAACUACGAUGAUUUCAUGAAGCGCCUGGGGCUCUCCAGCGACACGAUUGAAAAGGGCCGCAAUUUCAAGGUCAUCUCGGAGAUAAAGCAGGACGGGCAGAACUUCACCUGGUCCCAGCACUACCCUGGGGGCCACUCCAUUUCCAACAGUUUCACCAUUGGCAAGGAGACCGAGAUGGAGACUGUGGGAAACAAGAAGUUCAAGGUCUCCGUGAAGAUGGAGGGUGGGAAGGUGGUUGUGGACUCCCCCCACUACCACCACACUGCGGAGAUUGUGGAUGGCAAGCUGGUGGAGGUCUCCACCUUUGGAGGCGUGAUCUAUGAGCGCGUGAGCAAGAAGGUGGCCUAA